AUGUCUGCCGAGGCUAACAUGGCGGCAUCCGCAGAAUCGCGUGGGCUUUUCACGGAUGGUGUGAGGGCAGCCCUCCACACGUGGCCCGUUCUGCAGAUUGCGCUGGAUAAUGGCUUUGGAGGCCUGUACGGGCAGCAAAAAGCUGAUUGGCUGGUGGAUGUUGUCCAGCAGUAUUUCCAUGACAAUGCUGACUUGGAGCAGGAUGAAGUUGAAGAUUUCAUCAGCACCCUCAUGGAUCAGGAGUUUCAUACGGUGGUGGAUGAUGGGAGUUUACCUCAGGUGUGUGUACAACUGAUGCAGAUGUUCUGUCAGUGGCAGCAGGGGGCGCAGCAGCAACUGUCACACUCCAUCCAAUUGCUGACACAGAACAAGCCGCCCAGGGCAAAAUUCGCAGCACCGCCCACACAGUCGGACUCGGACAGCGAUGGCGAAACACAGGUGAUGGAGUUUGAAAGUACCUCAGCCAAUACAAAAAAUCAUCAUCCUCAUGAAGAUGAAGAUGGAUGGACGCUGGUUGGAAAAAGGAAGUGAUGCUCAAGAUGACCUUUGACCUGCUCUUGCAUUGACUUUGAGGACUGGUGACGCUUCUGUGAUGCCAUCAUGGUUGUUCACAUGACUCUACAUUAUGUCUCCACCUUCACAUUUUUGUGUUUUCUUUUCGGGGGGGGGAAACAAAAAAUUUUUGAUUCCAAUUGGUCAUUUUGUGUCUGCUCUUUGAACUCAACAUGAAUGCAGAAACAGAACGAUGAAGAAUCUCCCCAAAAGCAGAUAUAGUAAAAAAAAAUAAUACAUAAAAUUAAAAAAACUUUAGUCCAGCAAGCAGCUGAGUUUGUGCAUAGUAGCUUUGCAAUGUGCAUGGUACAUUAUUGAUAAAUGACUUUUUUCUUUGUGUACAAAAGCUGUGGUACCUUGAGUGAAGUGUUUUGUUUGGUCUGUGCCUGAGCUGGUAACGUAUUACUUGUACACUGUAGAACAAUUUGAAAAAAAAAAUAUUCUGUUGAGUUAGAUUUUUAUGAUGCUUAACACAAAAAUUUGCAUGCUGAUUCCAAAAUUGCAGUCGUUUUUUUUGUCGCACGUCUGUCAUGGACUGCCCUGCAGUACUGUUUUGGAGCCUGGAUGGCGCUUUGCGCCCUCUUGUUCUGUCUCUUCCCUCCCCUCUCUGUUUCAGCUUUCGGGUUAGGGUUAGGUGAGGGGAACCGAACCCUCCCUCUCCCAGUAUAGGGGAAAUAAUUCCCCUUCCGGGAUCGGGGGGGAGAUGCACGGUCCAUCCCCCUGCGCCAUCUCCCGUCUCCAUUUCCCCAUUCCUGGCGGCGUGCCUGCUGGCCCCGCCGGUCAUAGUGGACCACUUUCCACUCUCCCCCAGUCAUCUGUGUUUUAAUUUUCUUUUUUAAUUCCAAAUUGUAUAGAGUCGCCUUUGUUAUUUAUGUCAUAUUUUUUUCUUUUAGAUAUGCUAUUUAUUAAUAGGUAUACAUUUGUAAUAUAUUUCUAAUCAAAACCCACAAAAAAACAAAAAAAUCCCCCCCAAAAACUUUUUUUGUCGACCAAACGGUGUGCCUCGACAACGUUUCGGCUCUAAUGAGCCUUCCUCAGGUCCUGGCAUACCAAAUUCAAAAAAUACAAUGCACAAUAAGGCGAUGUUUACUGUCCAAACAUCGAAACCAAACUGAGUCAGUAAAAACGUUCUUCCCUUUUAUACCCACUGUUUUUUGUCCUAUGUUUAAAAAUAUAUUUUCAAAGAAUAACGUGCAAAAGUGCUUGUGUGCGCUGUGCCACAUGUGAUUGUGUAUGCAUCCAGGGGUUGGUGCGUCCCAGUAGUAAAAGCAGCAUAAAGCUUAAGAUCAUGGCCAAGGUGAAGAAGGAGAAGGAAAAGCUCCACAAGCAGAAGUCAAACAGCUCGCUCUCAGGUUGGAACAGCCGAUAAAACACACCCAAAGUCAUCUAGCAGACAAAUUGGAAUUUGGACUGUUGUUUUGAGCAGGUUACUUUGCUUCCCUCUCGUGGCCUGGUGAGGUAAAAUUUACAGCUGCAUGGCCAGCUACUUGAAGCUUUCACACAGUAUUCCUUUUCCCCCUUUUCCAUUUUGUCCACGAAUUUAUUCUCCUUUCCUUUUUGAGAGCCUCACCCACCGAAAUAGCCUUUGUCCUGAGAACAUGCGUGCUUGCACACUGCCGAUGUACGUUGCAACAUUAACAUAAUUAGAUGUCAGCGUGCCAGCUCCGAUUGUUUUCAACACAAAGUAGCAUGUGUAUUGAUUUAAAAAAAAUGAACUACCUCUUGACAUUUUCAAUCAAAAAAGUAUUUAAUACAUGAUAAUUGGUCCUAAAGUUGUGGCCAGUUGUUAAAGAUGUACUGUUUUUAGAAGAACUUUUGUAAAUCAUUAUUGUGCGCACGUGUAUAUAGAGUACAUAUUGUGGGCAUCUGGCCAAAUUUGGUCCGUCUAUCCAUUCAUUUUCAACACCGCUUAUCCCGGUAAAGGUCGCGUGGCGCUGCACCGGAGCCUAUCCCAGCUGACUUUGAGCGAAAGGCGGAUUACGCCCUGAACUGGUCGCCAGUUAGUUGCAGGGCACAUAUAGACAGGGACAACCAUUCGCACUCACAUUCACACUGUCACUGAUUGGGAACUGAACCCACGCUGCCCGCACCAAAGUCAGGCGAGUGUACCACUACGCCAUCAGUGACUUACCCAAAUCUGUUCAAUUUCAUAUUUUUUCACCAAUUGAUACUGUUGUUCAGUCCACACGUGGAACUGUUAUUCUUCCAAAUGACUGAGUGUUGUAAAUUGCUUGCUCUUUGAUGAUGCAGUGUUAAUAAAGACAAAGUUAUUUUGUUUUCCUGAAAAGUAAUGGUUUUGGACAUGCAAGUAUUCCACCCAACGCCAAUGAUAUCCAACCUAUAGGAUACAGCGUGGUUUUUGUAUGAGCGCGCAUUUGGAGUUUGUAAUCGCUUGUGGUCGUGCCGCUUUAGGAACACGGGAUGUCAAGUGUAGGACUCCUGAAGCAGAAUCGCCAGGCAACCGAUGAUCUUUUCCGGCCCCUAACCUUGACCGCCGCGAGUGAGGAGAUGCCGUCCUCUUACCUGCCAGCACCUGCUGUUCUGACUGUGGCGUAGGCGGCAAGGAUUAGCUGUUUUGCGUUUCCCUUACUGUGUAUUUUUUUUUCGAAGCAAGCGGUGUCACUUGCAUUGCUACUCCACUGGCCUGCUAUGCUAAUGAAAGAGCCUACAAUUAUGUCAUUUUGUCAUAUACACGUUGCUUGCAUGCAGCAGAGUACAGCCAUCUUUUAGAAACGACACGAUCGAAACCGCCUUCAGACUGAAAUGAGACUUUUCGGGGACACCUUGUUUCUACAUCAUGCAACCUUCAAUGACACCAGAAGCCGAUGUGCAGAAAUCUUGGACGUUGAACAGAAAAGAAAAACAUUGAAUGUAUUUGUGUGUUGAGCGGUUAAUAAUACUACUGAUAAUAAUAUUGAUAAUGAUGUGGACAUGCAAGGUGCUCAAGUGGUUUUGACUUUGUUUGGCUUGUCGUGACCUCAACUAAAGAGGUCAUGGGGGUGGUUCAUGAUCAGCUGACUCUAGAUGUAAAAAAAUUUACUACAUUUAUGGCAAAAGCUGCAGAAUCCAAACUUUUUGGGGAAUAUUUGUUUUCUAAAUGUCUUUGAAAAUAUAACAUUCGAAUGAAGGACUUCCAUUGUGUGUAGUGACCCUGAACAA